UCAACACCCAAAACAACACUAUCAGAUGGCCACCAAAUAAACAAAUUGAAGCUUUUAACAAGAAGAAGGACCCUGAGGAUAACUGGCUGUCUUUCCCAUUAAUAAAGAUGAAAAUUACUUCAGGUAUAUCUUGACUACCAAAUGGUUUAUGCUCAGCAGUCAGCAAAAAUAAUUGUGGAUGAAAUUCUUUGAGUUUGAAUUGUAUGUUUUUAGCUAACUUGCAGGAAUGUGAGGACUAUAAUUUAACCAGCCAGCCUGAGGAGGCAGAGGACAGAAUGGUCGGAAAAAAGAGGAAAAUAUCCAAAAGAAAGUUUGACAAUUUUGUUGUUGAUUUUGAUGAUAUGGAACAGGGGGAGGAGGAGAGCAGAAUGGGUGGCAAAUUACCCCCUUUUCCAAAGCCACCAACGAAGUUGCAGCUCGUACAGAACAACACAGCUGGAUCCAAUGUCAAUUUAACUUCCCCUCGACAUGCAACUCCAAAGAGAAUCAGAGAUCCUAAACCCAGGGACAUUGACAGGCACAGCAGCAGCUCUAGGCACAGCCAUGUUUCUGGGCACAGCGACAGGUCCCAACACAGCAAUGGCUCCUGGUACAGGGAACAAUCCAGGCAUAAUGAUGGAUCCAGACUCGGUUAUAGGUCCAGGCACAGCGAUGACUCCAGGCAUGACCAUGUUGGCUCCAGUGGCGGUUCCAGGCAUGAUGUGAUGAGGCCCAGGGAUAGUGCAAAUGCUGUAGUGGCAGGAACGGAGGACAAUUUCCCAAUGGCCACAGCAAAAUUUCAGAAAAAGGUGCUUGCCAAGUUAAUUGACAUCCACUUGGAGAUUAAAAGCCUUCACCAAAGGGAACCUGCCCUUUCAGCCACCCGCAUUGAGAGGUUGGAGACCAUGGAGGACUUUCAGAGAGUUGAGCAACACAUGGGUGACAAGGAAGCCUUUGAAACCUUGGUGCAGCAACUAUCUCGGGUUGGAGGGAAAGACCUCAAGGACUGUGUCCACAAAGUUCUUGACCGGCUCUUCUCCAAUUCUUUGAUGGCCUGCUUCAACAUGAAGGGAAAGGGGAAGAAGGACAAAAUAUCCCUUGAGAAAACUACAAUCUAUCAAGCAAUACAAGACGCUGUCUUGAAAUCAUUUACAGAGGCAACGGAAGAUGCUGUCCGAAGACAUGCAGCGGAACAUCUGAAACAUGCUCCAGCAAGAAGAGGAGGGGGUGGACAUGCACAUUAAGCAUGGAUACAAUGUUUUUGUGUAUUGAGUGAAUUAUUGUUGUUUAAAUUUACUUAGUUUUUGGUUUAAAUGUAUUUAUUUUUGCUGUAAUGUUGUAAGACACAAGGAGA